AUGGCUGAAGAUGACUCUCCAGUUGUGAUGGUUCUUGAUUCUGUUCAAUCGGCUCAAAACACGAGUUCUUACAAAAAGAGAAAAAUAGAGGAAAAAUCACUUCAUGAUGAUGCUAUUUUGACUUCGGGCGUUAACGAUGAACAAUUUGCAUUCUGUACAUCCAUGCUCAAAGACAAGCUUCAAAAAUUGAUUGCACCAAAGCCUUUCUCUUUGGACUUUGCUUACGUAGCGACUUUAGGAACGUCUGGAGUGGAAGGCUCGUCCAAUUCCAAACUCUCAAGUCCAAUAGAUGCCAAGAUAUCAUACUUGCAUAAUGUGUUGCUCGUUACGGAUCCCAAUAAUCUUCGAAUUCAAGCCUUUGAUUUGAGAACAAAAUUGUACAAGCAAACCAUCCGAACACACUCACCACCAUGGUAUAUAGACAUCGAAGUGGAAUACGACGAGGAUGGCUCCGAAGCAAUCAUCAUGACCUGUGGUGACUAUUGUGUAUACAAGUAUGAUUUAGCAAUGCUAUUACAAACAUCCCUGACUAGUAAGGAAAAAAAGGGAGCAACAGGCAAGUUUUUGUGGAAGACUGGAACAGUAAAACAGGAAAAAAAUAAUAGAGCUCAGGCUCUAGUCAUCAAGUAUGAUUCAAAUAGUGAUGAUGGAAAUUUAGUUUAUUUCUGCGAUUCUGGGCAUGGGAAAAUUAAAGUAUUGAGAGCUUGGGAUGGCGUGGGUUUGAGAGAAAUUUCACAAAUUCCGUGUAUUAGAAAUUCCUUAGAUUCUUCAACACAACAAUUGGUCAAAUUUCUUGCUCCAUGUGGCAUUGACAUGCGACACGAUGGCCAAAAUAACGAGUUUAUAGUGAGCGAUAUGGAAGCUAACAUGAUUUAUUUCAUACGUGAGAUUGGUGAAGAAUGGAUUGUUACAAAAAGUUUAUCUAAAGGAUUGGGAGAUUCUGCGAUAUUGAAAAAUUUAGCUAUCCAACAGGUCUAUGGAUUGAUAAGAAGAAUGGCAAUAUAA